CAAAGAUGGCGAAGACCACGCAAACUUCGUCGUGGAUGGCCACGACAUUGCACUUGAUUUGCUGUUGUUUGCUGAUAUCCAAUAUAGUUGCUGUCAGCAGAGAUAAUUUUAAGACAUGUGAUCAGAGUGGGUUUUGCAAACGCCAUAGGGCAGUGCCAUCAGGAGAAAGUCCUUAUGUAAUUUUGAUGGACUCGCUUAAAAUACAAGCAACAAAUGUGCAAGUUCAAUUAUUGAAUACUAAAAAUAAUGUAAGACUGCUACUAGAGCUAUAUGGCUUACAAGAAAACACAGCAAGACUGAAAAUAAACGAGCUGAAUCCUAUUAAGCCCCGGUUUGAAAUUCCCAUCGGAGAUGUUUUGGUUGGUGAACCCAAGCAACAAGGGAUAAAAAUUAUCGACAAAAAUGAUCAGAGUGUGACAUUUGGUCUCGAAAACAACAAGGUAGUACUGACAAGCAAGCCAUUCCGUGUGGACUUCUUCACGGAGGGGGACCAUGUGGUGGGUGUCAAUGCACAAGGACUGCUCAAAUUUGAACAUCUUCGCACAAAGCCGGGAUGGUUUCAUAGAGUUGGUACUGGGAUAUAUUCAUGGUUUUCCGAACCUUUCAGAGAACCAAAACCUGCUGAGCCAGACAACCAAGAAAAGCCAGAGGGAGAAGAAAACAAGGAGGAUGAUGAGGCAGAAGAGGAAAAUAAAGAGGAGGAAGUUGCAGCUGAAACACAAGAUCAGCAAUCUGAGGAGCCUAAUUUGUGGGAGGAGUCCUUCAAGGGAUUUGCUGACAGCAAACCCAAUGGUCCAGCAUCAGUUGGAAUGGACAUUGGAUUUCCUGGCUUUGAGCAUGUGUAUGGUAUACCAGAGCAUGCUGAAUCACUUGCAUUGAAAUCAACCAAAGACACCGACCCCUACCGCCUGUUUAACUUGGACGUGUUUGAGUAUGAAUUAUACAACCCUAUGGCCCUUUACGGAUCUGUCCCCUUGAUGAUUGCUCACAAUGAGAAAAGAACAGUUGGAAUAUACUGGAACAACGCUGCCGAGACUUGGAUUGACAUUCGAUCAAAUGUAGCUGACAAGACAUUUUUGUCCAAGGUGGCUGAUCUGGUGAAGGGAAGUUCUGAUAUUCCACAGACUGAUACUCACUGGUUCUCUGAGAGUGGAAUCAUUGAUCUAUUUAUAAUGAUGGGACCAUCACCAAAACAGGUCUUCAAACAAUACGCUAUCCUCACUGGAACCACACCUCUACCACCGUUGUUUGCCAUUGCCUACCAUCAGUGCAGAUGGAACUACAACGAUCAGGAUGAUGUUAAAAAUGUUGACGCUAACAUGGACAAGUUUCAGAUUCCAUAUGAUGUCAUUUGGCUGGAUAUUGAACACACUGACGGUAAAAGAUAUUUUACAUGGGAGAAGGACAAGUUCUCUCACCCUGAGGACAUGAUCAACAAUGUAGCCUCCCGUGGGAGGAAAAUGGUCACCAUUGUAGAUCCUCAUCUCAAAAAGGACGAUAACUUUGGUGUAUACGCCGAUUGUAAAAACCAUGAUUUGACUGUUAAGAACAAAGAUGGAGGCGAAUAUGAGGGCUGGUGCUGGCCAGGUUCCUCGAUCUGGCCAGACUUUCUUAACCCAGCAAUCCGGAAAUGGUGGGCGAGUAAGUUCGCGUACGAUCAGUACAAAGGAAGUACGUCCGAUCUCUACAUCUGGAAUGACAUGAACGAACCCUCUGUAUUUAAUGGACCGGAAAUCACCUUCCACAAAGAUGUGAAACAUUUUGGAGGCUGGGAGAACAGAGACAUCCACAAUCUCUAUGGGAUGUAUGUGCACCAUGCUACAGGAGAAGGAAUCAAGCUGAGAUCUAACAAUGAACAGCGACCAUUUGUGUUGUCCAGGGCUUUCUUCGCUGGAUCACAGAGAUCAGGGGCUAUAUGGACAGGAGACAACAUGGGAGAAUGGUCUCAUCUUAAGGUGUCUAACCCCAUGAUUCUCUCUCUCAACUUGGUGGGCAUCACAUUCUCAGGGGCCGAUAUUGGAGGUUUCUUCAGGAACCCUGAACCAGAACUCAUUGCCAGAUGGUACCAGGCUGCAGCGUUCCAGCCAUUUUUCCGUGCCCAUGCUCACUUAGACACCAAGAGGAGAGAGCCGUACCUGUUAGACGAGAGACUGAUGAAGGUAUCCCGUGAUGCUAUCCGUACCCGCUACACCUUCCUGCCUUUCUGGUAUACUCUGUACUACUUGGGUGAACGUGAUGGCGGACCUUUAGUUAUGCCUUUGUGGGUUGAAUAUCCAGAGGACAAAUCUACAUUCCAAAUGGAUGAUCAAUAUUUAUUGGGAACAAGUAUUUUGGUGAAACCUAUCACAGAGGCAGGCGGAAUUGGAACCACAGUCUACUUCCCUGGACAAAAUGAGAUCUGGUAUGAUAUCCUUACCCAAGAGACUUACAAAGGGGGAGCCUCCACAUACAUCAAUGCUGCCCUCGAAAAGAUACCUGUAUUCCAGAGAGGAGGAUCCAUCAUUCCACGGAAAAUGAGAAUCCGCCGUUCCUCAGGACUUAUGCACAAUGAUCCAUUCACUUUCGUUGUCUGUCUAGAUAAAAAGGGCGAAGCUGAAGGUGAUGUUUAUGUUGAUGAAUAUGACUCAUUCAAGUACAAGAGUGGUAAAUUUAUCCUCAAGAAGCUCACAUUUAAAGAUAAUGUUUUUGAAAGCAGUGCUGCUGAUCCAAGUGGCAAAUUAGACACUAAAGAAUGGAUAGAAAGAAUAGUCAUUGUUGGGUACCCACAUCAACCAAAGGCUGCCACUUUAAAAUCAGGAAAAGGUACGCUGGUGUCUUUGGACACAGUUUACGAUUCAAAAACAAAGACGGUGACUGUAAGAAAACCGGGAAUCAAUAUAGCAGAUGAUUUUACUAUCAAGCUGAGUUAAUUGUUGGGUGUCGCUUGACCUAUUUUUGUACAACAGAAGUAGUCUUGGGGCUUAUCUGAGUCAGCUGAUCGUGUGAUAAUUCAUUCCACUGAUUAACGUAAUAUAUAUCUGUCACAUCUUUCAUCUUUCUAUCAUAUUAAAACAAUCAAAUUCAAAAUCUUAAGAUGUUUAUGAAAUACCGAGAGGAAUAGGUCCAUGUGUAGCAAAAUUACCACUAGGAGGCUCCUUCUCUACGAGGCACGUCAAAUAAUGUCAAUUUCUAACAAACUUACAAUAAUGAUUUUCAGUAUUAUCAAAUCCAAAGAGAAUUACAAUCCUUAACAUGUAGUAAGAAAUUUUAAAAUUGUAAAAGUGCUAUCGUAGUGCUUUGUGAAUCUUUUUGUUUAAGUAUAUUUUCGAUGGUACAAUAGACAUAGCAGCACCCUAUGGUCUUUACUUGUAUAGUAUAUUGUGAUGUCUGGUCAUUAUUAAACAGCUUUACUCACUGUUGGUGAUAGUACACAUUGCUAAGGGCUGUUUAGGGCCUAUAAUGAGCUCCAUUUCCCUAGUGAAAGAAAUUAUUUCCUAUUUAAGCAAUAUUACCAAACAUUUUUUUUACUCCUGAAAAUUUCCUUGGCAAUGCCACUACCAGUUAAUUUUCUUCUCAAAAUAAGACAAAAGGGUCCAAUCUCAGACCAGCCAAAAUAGUACUGUAUUGUAUCUAUUUAGAGAAAUAUCAAAUUCUGCAUUAUUUACCUGAUUAUUUUGCACUUGUUGGGAAACAAAUAUAGUGUUCUUAUAGGAUAAAACCUAUAAACAUGUGAUAAGCCUUGUAUAGGUAUAUCAAAGUUUCCCUUGUGUUUAAUUAUGCUCGGAUAUUUUCUUUUUAAGAUAAGGACACUUAAUUAAGAUAAAAAAAAUAAAAAUACGGAUGAAAAAAAUUAAGAUAAAAACAUAGAUACUGUCAGAUGAGAAAUUGAGAAAAUCUAGGUGAAGAUUGGUUCUCAAGUGUAAAGGAAAAAUUUUCAUGGUAAAGAAUUUGAAGGUUUUAAUGAGGUAGAAGUUUGAACACCAAAACUGUCCAUUAUAUAACUGUGACGAUGUGAACUAUAUUGGAGGUUUCUGUCUAGUAUGCAAUACUGAAUGGAAAACAAUGAGGUGACAAAACACAGCGAGAUAAAACAUGACUGUUUUAUUUAAAACAGUAUAAAUGAUCUCAAAAUAUGUAUACUAAUCAAGUUAACUUUGGCGGAGCAUAACAGAAUCUUCAAUUUCUUCCAUUCAUUGAAACUUUAAACAAGACUUGUUAUAUCUGGUGUCGCAAAAAUCCUUCUUAACUUCAUAAAAAUCCUUCGGAACACAGAAAUGUAAUUAAGAUUAUCUGUGUAUUUGUAAUUUUUAUAGUGCUAAUUAAACUUAUUUGGUUUUGCCAUUCACGUGAAACUUUGUGCUGGAGGUUUGUAAUGUUGUAAAGAUUUUAUUUAGAAGUGCUCACAAAAUGGUGAUACAGUUAUCAUCAAGUAGGGUGUGUGUGUGUGGUAGGGCUAAACCAAAGCUAAAGUUUUGUUGUUGUUGGUAUUUUUUUCUAAAAUUUUGUUAUUGGUACCGUAAAUAUUCGGGUAUAGUGCGCACUCGCGUAUAGUACGCAGGUACGUUUUUGAGGUUCAUUUUCAAAAAAAAAAAAAAAAAUGAACAAUUAUUUUUUUCACUAUUCAACUGAGCGGUAGAUGAAUUGCACUUGUCUCCUCUGAUUUAUUUUGUAGAUAUUUUAGAGAUGUUUAAGUAGGUCUUGUUUUAGCAGACAUAAAAUAUCUUUAAUUGUAGGUAUCAGUCACAAUUAUUUGAGCAUAAAAUUUUUCUACAGAAAAUUUAUCAUAUUUUUUUUAGUAAAAUAUGUAAUACUUAAAAGUAGAAAAUCAUUGUUUAUUACAACAAGUGCUAUAAUAUUAUUUAUGUGUUCAAAGAACUGGAAAGUAAAGCUAUUCUGCAUGUGUCGAGUAUUGAUAAAGAAAAUAUGUCAGUUUAAAAAAAAAUUUAAACUCUGAUGUGUGACGGCAUUCUCACGGAAGUUAAGUUUAUUGUUAAUUCUCGUUGAUUAUAGUGCUAAUGUUAAAGCCAGUGUACUAGAUUAAUUACAUAUCAUUUAAACCCAUUUUUGAAAUCUGUGGUAAAAGUUUGUUUUUAACCUGAUAACAACGAUAAAAGUCUAUAUAAAAUCAUAUAGCAAUAAAUCAUCUCAUUUUAAACAUGUCAUGUAGAAAAAGGAAGAGAUGGGACCUUAAUAAGAUGUUUAUUUCUUUGAGGACCAAUCGGACAUCAACUUUACAUUGAAAAUGAAAUUUUACAUGAAAAAAUUCAAAUAAGUGGCACGGAUAUUAAUGUUUUAUGGGAAAUCCAUUGUAAUCAUUUGAUUAAAAAGUCCAUGGAAAACAUUUUUGGAUUUAAACAUCAGCAUUGAAGAGUAGGUAUGUAAGGUUUUCAUUGAUACAGAAUUGUUACCCUAGUAGUUUAAUAUCACAACCAGAACUUUUUUACCCGGUUCAGUAAUUAUAGAUAAGAAAAUGGCUAAUGAUUUGAAAUCUGAUUCUGUCGGCUGUGAGUGUAAUAUAUUAUAUACCGAGCUUAUUGCUGAUUUAUACAGAAAUACCUUUAUUCAAGAUACACCCGUCCUGUAUAGGAUUGGUUACAGUUUUAUCGGCAUGUGUAUUUAAUACAGACUAGAAUCAGCUAAACUGUAUUUGUAGUAACUAAUUAGGUAUAAACCACAUUUAAUAUACCUGGUAACUAACAUAAACUUUCUUGAAUUUUGAUUUCUCAGUGUUGGGGAAAUAUUGUCACGUGUAUUUGUUAGGGAAAUAUUGUCACGAUAUUCCAGAAUCUGUUCAGGAAAUAUUGUCACGAUAUUCCAAUAUCUGUUAGGAAAUAUUAUCACAAUAUUCCAGUAUGGUUUUAGAUAUUAAACCUAUUAAAAAUGUAGAUUUUUUUUUUUUUUUUUUUUAAUUUUUUGGCCAGAGAAGUAGCUUUGAUUUUGCUUUAUCUUAAAGCUAUUUGAUGAAUUAAAAUUGGAGGUGUAAGAUACGAUUUUUCAUGAAUUUUAGUAAAGCUUAGAGAAUCUAGAGGAGAGGACACAUUUUACCUGCUCGCACUUAAAAUUAUAUAAAUGGUGUGAUUGAAAUAGCAUUGUCGAGCACUUUAUUGCCUAUGUAUUUGAAUGAAAUAUUGGCCACAGAGUUAAAUAUGAAAAAUCCUUGUUCCUUUUUUUCGUAAACAUGGGUAAGUCACAAUUUAAGUAUGAUAUUGUUAUGAUUGCAAAAUAUGAUUUCGUAGAGUCUUGCACACGUUCCAAGUUGUUAAAUUUUAAUUGGUACGUAUCAUAUAUGUGACGUAGAGUGAAACUGAUUACUGGUAAUUAUUUGUGUCUGCAUAGGAUAUUAAAUUGAUUAAGAAUGAAUGUAGUAGCCAUGGUGACAAGGUAUAACGUGUAUAUGUGUAAAAGUAACCCACAUAACGGGUAAAAACCGGGUCAUGAGAUUUCAUUGUGCUGUCUUUUAUUUAUGUUACAUAAUAAUGCUUUGUACCAGCAUUAUCCAUUGAGAUGGCCGUAGUCACAGCUGUUGUUUUUCCCAGUUGUAAGCGAGAAUCCUGUAUUUUGUUUCUUCACUUGUGUUGUGUAUCACAAUACAUUUUUGAAAAAUUAAAGUAAAAAUAUUAUCUAAAUGAAAAUUUGUUUCAUAGUCCUUCUUCCCCUCUCCCUAUAUUGUUCUCAAAAUUAUUAUUUGGUUGACGAUAUGUCUGUAGUCGGUUGACAAUGUUGGCAGUAUAUUUUUAUGAUUUGCCUUCAUUCAUAUUUUACGUGUAGUUACAGGGUACAGGUUGAGUGAAAGAGCAUUGUUGUGAAUAAAUGAUUAUUUUCUCUUUCGAAUAGUGUGCACGUUAAAUUUUGUAGAAUUUGGAUAUAAAGAGGAAAAAAAUACUAUAUUGCACUACAGAGGGAAGUUGCAAGUAAGUCGGGCAAAUAUCUGUUUUGUAAUUUUUGAGGUGUUAAAAUAGAUAUAAGGUAUUUAUCCAGCAAUAAACUCAUGCUCAAUCGUAAGCCCACCCAUAUCUGUGUUGCAGUUUUCAAUGUUUAUUCACUUUAAGCCUUACGUCUCAUAAGCAUACUAAAAGAUUACAUCAUAUAAUUUACAAUCCUUAAUAUAUAAUACAAAUUAACGAAAGAUGGACAGCAUUAAUAUCAUAUACAGCAGAUCUAUAAAAAUAUAUUAUAUUGAAAAUAUACAUAACGGAAGGUUACAGAUGUUAUGACAUUUCUGAGCGGCAUUAUCGAAUGGAUGAGUGCGUGUAGUCAGGGGAUAGACGGCUAUAAUGUUGGUAACCCUAGAAACUAAUAGUUAAUAUGUCCUUCAAUAAGCCUAACUGUAGUUUGAGUUGAAGUUUUAGUAAAUGAAAAACACAGUCAUUAGAUUAGAAUUGUGUAUUAUGGAGACGUGUAUUAAUGUGUCUGUGACUGUAGAUUUCAUACUCAUUAAACAAUUCAUUCUUUUUAAAUAGUGGAAUUGGUUCGAGAUGUAGCUAUACACAAGCCUAUAGCAUUAAAAAUGUUCUAUUAAUAUACAUUUUGGUUGAUGUUUGUAAACAAUGCUACACGGAGAAAGCCAAAUGGAUUCACGUGGACGCAAGUUAAAAGUCUGAACAUACAGGGUUCUGCUUAUGUGCAAUAACAUAUACAUUCUUGUAAGACCUGCCACGUUGUAAUGUUAUAAUUUUGCACCGAUUUAGGAAAAAAUGUUUGCGGACACUUUUAAUUUUCGUAGUUAAUGGAAAGUCUUAUUUUUACGAUAUGUAUCUCAAAAAUAGUAUGGCUUCAACUUUCCAAUAGUGAUUUUUGCAUUCAUAGUUGCUGUAAUCAAGAUAGGAUAUAUUGGUACGAUCUAUACCGGUAUGAUCUUUCUGGAAUACUGUCACAAUUAACACACUUUGUAUUAUGAGGAUAUACCGGUACAAUAUUUCUGGAAUACCACUACAAUAAACACACUUUGUAUUAUGUGUUAAUUCUAAAUGGUCUUUAAGGUCUCUGCCAAAUCUACUGUCGGAGAUUGUUGACUGUGUACAGGAUCUUGUGUGUCUACAUGGUGUCGUGAAGCUAAAGUGUGAAUAGUUUAAAAUGAGUGAAAGAUUUCUAUAUUGUUUAAAGUUCUAUGGUAGUGAAAGAUGUCUAUAUUGUACAGAAGUCUUUUGCACUUGUUUGUAUUUCUAUAAUUCACCCUUGGACUUUCAUGCAAAUUUUUCAGAUGUCUUAGUGGAGAAUAUGGAAAGAGAAAUAUAUGUAGAGUGUAUUUCUUAACAAUUAAACAAAGUGAAUUACCAGGUAUUUGCAGGCAUCAUUUUGUAUGAAUAAAACCUUAAAUACUGUGUACCAGGGACACAAAGCAUUUUAUGUGAGGGGCUUUUCUGGUUGUUGGAUGUGUUUUGAAUGUCAUGCUUUCUAUUUUGGGUUUAUCGAUAAAGAAAGUUGAAAGGUGAAAUUUGAAAUGAAUUACGUAGCUAGAUUCUUUAUUUUCAUCAAAACACUAGUGUCAAUAUUGGCUUUAGAAGAAAUCUUAUUAAAAAGAAACCUCUUAAAUGAGACCAGUACAUUAAACUGACCUCAAAAAGGCUCUGGUUCCUCUGAAAGUGCAAUAUUAAUUAUCGGAGAUUUGCAAUACAUGUACUCAAAAAAAAUCCUGAUGUAAAUUUUAAAGCUGAUCAUGUAUACAUAGAAAAUUUGGUAUUCUACCAUGUGGCACAUAAUGUUUAUUUUUUAGUGUUUUUAAGGGAAAACAAAUAAGAUGUAUACAAAUAGUAAACAGAAAUGUGAAAUAGACUUCGGACAUUUUCUAAAAGUUUAUAAAUGAUAGUGCACCUGUGGAAGAGAAGUCAUGAUUAAUUUGUGUAGAUGUUACCCGAUUACAAUUGUGUAAAUCAAAUAUGUCAAUGUUACAAUUACUAAAUAAAUACAAAACAACA